AUGGAGGUUUUGGCUGACUCAGUUCACAUUUCCUAUGGCCCCACCAAGCAUUUUCAUAUAUCACCACACUAUGCUCAACCCAACCAUAAGCAUCAGCUGAGCACUGACACUGUGUCGGACCAUGAUAAGUGCUCUAAUCAGAUUUACCAGAGAUUGCUAAGUUCCAAAGCUUUUACUGUCACCUGGGUAAAGCCUCUUGCUGGGUUUCUGGGUCCAGGGGAACAUCUCACCUUCCAUACAACUGUGUCCUUUAUGCUUUUCCUGCCUGCCUCCUCAAACAGGCCCCGGACAGCAGACCUGAGGAACAGCAGCACAGUGACAGAGUUCAUCCUUGUGGGCUUUGAGCAGAGCUCCCCUUCCACCCGGGCAUUGCUCUUCACCCUCUUCUUGGCUCUCUACAGCCUCGCCAUGGCCAUGAAUGGCCUCAUCAUCUUCAUAACCUGGACUGACCCCAGACUCAACAGCCCCAUGUACUUCUUCCUUGGACACCUGUCUUUCCUGGACAUCUGUUUCAUCACCACCACCAUCCCUCAGAUGUUGAUCCAUCUGGUGACCAAGAAUCACACUGUCUCCUUUGCCUCUUGUAUGGUCCAGAUGUACUUGGUCUUUCUAGUGGGUGUGGCUGAGUGCAUCCUCUUGGCUUUCAUGGCCUAUGACCGGUAUGUUGCAAUCUGCCACCCACUGAACUAUGCCCAGAUCAUGAGCCAUCAGGUGUGUGUCAGGCUGGUGCUGACUUCCUGGAUCUUUGGGAUGGUCAAUGGCAUCUUUCUUGAGUAUAUAUCAUUCCGGAAUCCCUUCUGCAAAGACAACCACAUAGAAAACUUCUUCUGUGAGGCCCCCAUAGUGAUUGCCCUCUCCUGUGGGGACCCCAAGUUCAGCAUGAAGCUGAUCUUCGUUGAUGCCUUUGUAGUGCUUUUCAGCCCCAUGGUGCUCAUUGUCACCUCCUAUGCCCGCAUCCUGGCCUCCAUUCUUAGCAGAGCCUCCUCCUCAGGUCAUGGGAAGACCUUUUCUACUUGUGCCUCCCACCUGACUGUGGUCAUCUUUUUGUACACCUCAGCCAUGUUCUCCUACAUGAAUCCCCGCAGUACACACGGGCCUGACAAAGACAAGCCUUUCUCCCUCCUCUACACCAUCAUCAUCCCCAUGUGCAACCCCGUCAUCUACAGCUUCCGCAACAAGGAAAUGAAGGGGGCCAUGCGGAGGGCCCUUGGGAGAGGCAACCUGGCUUAG